AUGAUUGAGGAAAUAUUUAUUACUGCAAAUGAAAAAGUCUUAAUAGGAGACAUUAAUCUGUACCCAAAAAAAUUAAGCUAUCCUACCAGUGUAUCUGGUGAUAAACAGAUUACCCAACUUAAAGUCAAUAAUGUUGUUUUAGGCAUUUUAUAUUCCAAUAUUGAUUCUUUUACAGCUUUACAGUUCUUAGAAAAAUUAAAAGAACAAUUAGAAUCUAAAUUUUAUAAUUUGAAUGCUCAGCACGUCUUGGAUAAUUAUUUUAUAAUUAGAGAAAUGGUAAACAGAUUAUUUUUAGAAAAUUUAAAAGGUAAUUUUAAGUUACCUGCUUUGUCAACAAAUGAAGUUCAUAUUGAUGUAAUAGAAAUAUAUAAUGGUAAUAUACAAAAUAAUAUUUAUCUCUGUGAUGUAUUUGGAUAUUGUUUUAUUAAACCUAGAUUUAAUGAAAAAAACUUUUUAAAAUUAAUAAUAAAAAAAGAUAAAAAUAUUAAUUAUCUUUCUGAUUAUAAAAUAUUAGAUAGAUUUAAUAAAUUAGAAAUGGAAUUAAAUGUCUAUGAUAAAGAUUUACAAAUAUUAAAAUAUCAUACAAACAGUAAUUUACCGUUUAAAAUACAAUAUACAAGUGAACUGAUUACUAUAUCUGCUGAUAAUAUUUAUUUUGAAUCACUUGAUAUUAUUAUACCUUUAAAAUACCAAUCUAAUGAAAUGACUUUAGAACAAAGUAAAGGAGCAAUUAAAUUUAUAGAAGAAGAAGAAAAAGUUAUUUGGAGCUUUAAAAAACACUAUUUAGUAAAAGAAAAUCUUAAAAUUAAAAUAGGGGACAUAAAGGAUUUAUUAAAAACUAUACCUAUACAAGUAAAGUCUAAGAUAUGUAAAACCGAUAAAAAUAUUCUUAAAAUUGAAAAGGCUAUAUGUUUAGAUAAUCAAUCUAUUGAUAUUUGGAUAAAAUACGAUAUAUGUGGAGGAAAUAUUAAUUUCUGGGAACAGUAA